AUGAUCUCAACGCGGUACAAAGUGAUUGAGAAGCCGGGCGGCCUUGGCGAAGUCGUGCAAGUUGCAGUAAAGGAAAUUGGCGUGAAUACGGGAGAAAACACGCCCGCGCUGUUCGUAUCCCCCUUGCAGACGUUUACGACGACAAUGGGCGUUAAUUCACGGUCUCAGAAGGAAACUACGACAUGUGCCGCGUGUGCACGCAGACAGAAGCGUAUGUUUCAACUGGAGAUGCAGUUGCAGCAGUUAGAGACGCAGUUGCAUGUUAACAACAUACUGAACGCGUUAAUGAAUAGCAUGGAGGUGCAAGGGACCGCGGCUGGAGAAGGUGCCGGUGGUGAUUACACCAGUAGGCCCCAUGGGGCACGCCGACGUUUGCAGCGCCAAUCUUCGCCGUUAAAUCAGGAAAAGGAAGACGAGGAACCGAAUGAGACGCUGUUAGAGAUGAUGCGGGAGGAGCUUAAGCGCCAGGAUCUGCUUCAUGCCUUGAUGGACCUUAUGGAGCGCCCCACAUAUGCAGAGAGGCAGGAGAUCAAGAAGUUUGUGCCAAAAAAUGUGAAGGCUCUCUUAUUUACUCCUUCAAAAAAUGUUUUUUCGAUUCCCACACCAGAAAAAUCGAUGUAA